AUGCUAGCGUGCAAGGGAUUUCCACGUUGAGUGAGGUUGAGUGCAUGGAUUUUCGUUCGAGUUUCAUCAUACUUUUGCGUUAGAUAGUUCUAAAACAUUAUUUGCCGGUGUCCCACUUGUGGGUCCAAGAAAGAUAAAAUGUCUCCUGUAGAAGAACAGAUAAGUAAGCUCACCGCCUUGGGAUUGAGCGAGCAGAAGGCUAAAGAGACCCUGAAAAAUUUGAACCUUUCUAAAACUUUGCUAAACGCUUUGGCCUACGUCCCCGCGAAUCACGUUUACGCCGAGGGAGAAGGUUUACUAUUGUACCAACUAUGCACGAAGAUCAAGCAGCAGUCAGUGGUGUAUUUGAAAUUUCUGGUGGACAAUAUUGUUCAGAGAAAGUUAGACACUGGAAUCCGUGUCGAUGCGGCUCUUGAAUAUUUGCUGGUUCACGGAACCAGUAAAACGAUCGAUUUGGCUGCUUUUGAGAAAGCUUGUGGCGUUGGAAUUGUUGUAACACCAGAAGAAAUUGAUCGAACCGUCGAAAGUGUUAUCUCAAAAAACAAAGAUGCAAUAGUCGAGCAAAGAUAUCGUUUCAAUAUCGGUAAACUAUUGGCCGAAACAAGAAACCUUUUACCAUGGGCAGACGGUAAAGCAGUAAAAAAUGAAGUAGAUGUUCAAAUUUUUGAUCUACUAGGCCCUAAGACCGAUGCCGAUUUAGCUCCUCCACCCAAAGGAGACAAAAAGGUGAAAGAGAAAAAAGUUAGUGCUCCAGAAUCUGAUUUGAAACAAAAAAGCACGAGUGUGGAAGCUGCAUCGAGUGAUGGAGCUAGUUCUAUCAACGAGCUUAUGAAAUCAGUGCACUUUCAUGCACCCGGUCAAAAUCAUAAAACAGAUGGAUACGUAGUCACGAAUCACACCAAUCGUUUACUUCAAGAGCAUUUGAUUAGAACUAAGGGAUUGGUACGUACACGUUUUCCUCCGGAACCUAACGGAAUUCUUCACAUUGGUCAUGCAAAGGCCAUCAACAUCAACUUUGGGUAUGCUAAAAGUAAAAAUGGAAUCUGUUUUCUUCGUUACGACGACACGAAUCCAGAGAAGGAAGAGGAAAAGUUCUUCAUCGGAAUCAAGGACAUGGUUGAAUGGUUGGGCUAUAAGCCUUACCAAAUAACACAUUCGUCCGAUAACUUUCAGCAACUGUACGAGUGGGCAGUUUUGCUGAUUAAAAAAGGAAUGGCUUAUGUUUGUCAUCAAAAAGCAGAUGAAAUGAAAGGUUUCAAUCCAGAGCCAUCGAAAUGGCGCGAUCGUCCAAUCGAAGAGAGUUUGAGGCUCUUUGAGGACAUGAAAAAUGGAAAAAUAGACGAAGGAGCUGCUACUUUACGUAUGAAAAUAACUCUAGAAGAGGGAAAAGUCGAUCCGGUCGCUUAUCGGAUCAAAUUCAUCCCUCAUCAUCGAACUGGAACCGAAUGGUGUAUAUAUCCGACUUACGACUACACACAUUGUCUAUGCGACAGUAUCGAGGAUAUAACACACUCGCUUUGCACGAAGGAGUUUCAGUCGAGGCGUUCGUCUUAUUACUGGCUUUGCAACGCGCUCGAGAUUUACUGCCCUGUCCAAUGGGAAUACGGACGUCUUAAUGUUAACUACACUGUCGUAUCUAAGAGAAAAAUAGCCAAGUUGAUUACUGAAGGUAUUGUAGAAGACUGGGAUGAUCCAAGAUUGUUCACGCUCACUGCUUUACGCCGCCGAGGAUUUCCACCGGAAGCAAUAAACAAUUUCUGUGCCCAAAUGGGAGUAACUGGAGCGCAAUCUUCAGUGGAUCCAUCGACCCUGGAAGCCUCCGUUCGUGACGUUCUUAAUGUCACAGCACCACGUGCAUUGGUUGUACUGGAGCCACUCAAAGUUACUUUAAAAAAUUUCCCUUACACCGAGCCAUUUGAGAUUACGGUUCCUGAUUUCCCAAGCGAACCAGAAAAAGCGUCACACAGCAUCUGGUUGGAUAAAGUAAUAUUCAUUGAGAAAUCCGAUUUUUCGGAAAACCCUGAAAAAGGGUAUCGUCGUUUGACUCCAAACCAGCCUGUAGGACUAAGAUAUGCAGGUUUUGUUAUCAAGGUAGUUGAUGUGGUGAAGGAUGCGAAUGGAACCAUCAAGGAAAUAGUGUGCAAUUGCGAACAUAGUGAAGCAACUGAGAAACCAAAAGCUUUCAUUCAGUGGGUUUCGAAUCCAACAGAAAUCGAAGUUCGGCUGUAUGAAAAAUUGUUCAUGCACAAACACCCCGAGGAUACCAACGAAGUCCCAGGAGGAUUCUUGAACGACUGUAAUCCAGAUUCAUUGAAGAUAAUUACUGCAUAUGCCGACGCCUCCGUGAAGAAAGGCAAAGUAUAUGAUAAGUAUCAAUUUGAAAGAAUUGGUUAUUUCUCAAUUGACCCAGAAACUCGCGAAGAUCAUUUAGUGUUCAACCGUACAGUGACUUUGAAAGAAGACGCUGGUAAAAAUUAAAAUACUGCAGUCUAAUUUUCUUGUGUUUAUUGAAAUAAGAGUUUGAAUAACAUGGAAUCAAAUAAAAGUUAAUUUUUCGAA